CGCUUGUGCUGCUUGGGCAGGCUCAGCAGUCUCCUUACCACAGAGGCCGGCCUGAGCGGAGCCGGCUCAGCAGUCUCCUCUCUCGUCGUUAGCGGAGCCGGCCUGAGCGCAGAGCAAUCCGAUCAGAGCAAGUCCCUGAACCGUACCGGCCACGUCAGAGGGAGAGGCACGCUCGGCGUCGACCUCGGACUGGGGCUGGGGCUCGGUCUCAGGCUCGUGCUCAGGCUCAGGCUCGGGCUCAGCGACAGGCUCGACCUCACACUGUUCGACCGGACCGGCCACGGGAGCGGUCUCACGAUCAUCAACGGUAGCCCCCGGCUCGGCGGUGAGGUCGAGAAUCAGUUCCAGCCCAAAAUUAUCGUCCAUGGGCAUGCGAGAACCUGGCAGAUAGUCAUUCAUCAUGCCACACCCCUGACAGUGUGGUCUCAACACUGACCGUCAUGUAUCUGGGAGGGUGACACAUACGGUGGGACGCAGACCUGCGGCAUGUCAGUCGGCCCUGCACACACAGACAUGGACAAACACACGCAUAUCUGCACGCACAUACACUGUCAAUAAGGGUGUGUUCACCUGCAGGAGGAGGCGGCGGGAGUGACGCCUCAACAUCCAUCGAGUCACUCUCAAUUGUUGCAUUGAGACGGGUGCGCUUCGGGAUGGCUUCAACGGUGUGUGGUACUGUACACAGACACCAUCAGAGAGAGACAGAGCAGAGACACAAGGAGAGAAAGGCACAAAGAGAUAGAGACAGUAUGAACUCCCAUGUCUCUGUCUCUGUGUAUCCUACAGCGUAGGUGUAAUAAUACUCACCUUCUCGACGCUGCGGCAACUGGGUCCCGGACCGCUGGGCUCCAGGCGGCGGGAGGUUAGGGAACACGUCCUUCAUCGACAA